AUGGCCGAGAAUAUGCAGCAUCCCAAAUCAGCUAUAACAGUCUUCUUAGACCAACCGCCAAGCUGCCUCGAGUUCUGUCCCGAGAUCCCAGACCAUUUCGUGGUCGGCACCUAUCUCCUAUCAGAAACGAAGAAGGACAAUGGAGAGAUCCAACAAAGCAAGACCGGAAGUGUGCAGCUCUGGAAAUUGGAUCCAAUCACGGACACAUUAACCCAAGUCCAGAGACUAGUACUACCAUACGCCGUCUUCGAUCUCCAUUUCCACCCCAGAGAUAGGAGCAAGUUCGCUAUUGCUAGCAGCACAGGAGCAGUCGCACUAUUCAGCGUCACCACGGAAUCUACACAGCCAACUAUCAAUCAAAUCUGGACAAAACAAGUCCACGAGGAUUCCUCCAUCCCAGCACUCUUUCUCGCUUGGACUCCAGAGAACUGGUUCUCUCAGACCAAGACAGAUGGGUUCGCGGUCACCUUCUCCGAUAGCCGGACAGUAGUCUUCGGCACGGAAGGCGAUCUCUCCGAGGUUGACAAGAUCACAGAAUGGGGUGCAUUCGAAGCCAAACAGAUGAUUGAGGUCUGGUUUGUAGCGCUGGCUGCCAUGCAGGGAGAAACAACCGAGAAAAAGGAUAUCAUUCCUUUUAUGUUCACGGGGAAUGACUUUGGAUCGUUACACACACGCCGAUUCGAACAACAUGGGAUGGAACCGCGGGAUCCUGAAGAGCCACUUGCGCCGAUGCUACUUGAGCACGAUGAUCGGGCUCGUCAUCACACAGCCGGCGUGACGAGUAUUUUGCCGCUUCCUGUUCCGAUGGUGGAUGAUGCUCCUGUUCUGUUGACUGGGAGCUAUGAUGAGGGCGUGCGGGUGUACCAUGCUACUCGACGUGGAGAGGUGCUCGCUGAGGAGGGACUUGGUGGCGGUGUGUGGCGGCUUCAACUGCUGAACUCGACGGAAACCGGCACUGCUAACUCGGGGUCUGUGGACAGACGCUUCUUGGUGCUGGCGAGUUGCAUGCAUGCUGGAACUCGAGUUGUGCGAGUUACUCAGACGCAGCAGGAUCAGAGUUCUGAGUGGAGUAUUGAGGUGCUGGCGGACUUUACGGAGCAUGAGAGUAUGAAUUAUGCCAGUGAUGUGUGGAAGGGCUCUAAGGCCGAGACGACUGAUGCAUCGGAGCUGGUUUGCGUGUCUAGCAGCUUCUACGACCGUCGCAUGUGUGUCUGGAGAGUCCAAUUAUAG